GGCAGCUGUCGCAGGGGGGGAGACGUCGGGAAUCCGGGGCUCGACAACUCAUAUAAACCCCGGACCAGAAACCCCUUCCCCAUGCAAACGCAAAAAAGCAAAAUCUUUCCUCCAAAUCAUUUGCCUUUUUAAAACGUGGCGUUGCGUCCUCUUGUUUCGGUUUUCUUUUAAAGACCUUUUCUCUCUGUUGAUUUUUGCUGGUUCAAUCAUUCAAUUUGGUUUUGUUGAAUCAGCCGACCCAAAAUUACCCAAGGCAAGAAAAGCUUUACUCUUCUGUCUAGCUUCAUCACCGAUCAAUCGAUUCCGCCUCCUGUUGGUCUUCAAGUUUAAAGGUCAAGCCUUGUCAAAAUUUCUUUGAAUUGAAGAAUUCUGGGGCGUUCAAGCUUACAGAGUUUUCUAUGAGUGUAACAUAGAAGCUUUGUUUGUCUAUGAGGACAGUUAUUCCGACUGAUAAGAGAAGAAAUGCUUCAUCUGACGGGGGAAACGUCGGAUUUAAAAUGAGGCAGCUUCCAUUUAUGGGAGUUAUUUUUACAGUUAUGAUGUACAUUGUAUACAGAACCACAAAUUAUCAAUACUACGAGACAGAGAUGGAAACCAAAUUGCACCCUUUUGAAACAGUAGAGGAUAAUGAUUUGCCUUCUGUGAAAUUAAGAGAUUUGCCUCGUGGCAUUAUGCAACCUCGUUCGGAUUUGGAACUAAAGCCUCCAUGGUCAAAGAGUUCACGGUCAAAGGUUAAUGUUACCACAGAUAAGAACUUGCUGGCAAUGCCAGUUGGCAUUAAACAAAAAGAAAAUGUUGAUAGUGUUGUGCGAAAGUUUCGUGCAGUGAAUUUUACCAUUAUUUUAUUCCAUUAUGACGGCAAAGUGGAUGGAUGGUGGGAUCUUGAUUGGUCUGACAAAGCCAUUCACAUACUGGCUCAUAACCAAACGAAGUGGUGGUUUGCGAAGCGUUUUCUACAUCCAGAUAUUGUGUCAAUUUAUGACUACAUAUUUCUUUGGGAUGAAGAUUUGGGGGUGGAGCAUUUCAAUCCAAGAAGGUACCUAGAUAUCGUGAAGUCGGAAGGCUUAGAGAUUUCUCAGCCAGCUUUAGACCCAAACUCAACGGAAAUACACCACAGAAUUACUAUCCGUGCUAGAAUGAAGAAGUUUCAUAGGAGAGUCUAUGAACUCAGAGGUAAAACGAGGUGUUCAAAUAUAAGCGAGGGACCACCAUGCUCUGGAUUUGUGGAGGGAAUGGCUCCGGUGUUCUCCAGAGCUGCCUGGUAUUGUGCAUGGCAUCUCAUACAGAAUGAUCUUGUUCAUGGAUGGGGAAUGGAUAUGAAACUUGGGUAUUGUGCACAGGGUGAUCGCACGAAGAAUGUGGGGGUGGUUGAUAGUGAGUACAUUGUUCAUAAGGGCAUACAAACUUUGGGUGGGACAGGAGAGCUCUCAUUGAGGAAAUCCAAAAAGAUACGUAAGGUUAGGAGUCGGACUUCAACUUUCGAUUCACGAGCUGAGAUUCGCAGGCAAUCAACAUGGGAACUUAAAGUCUUUAAAGAGCGAUGGAAUCAAGCCGUGCAACAAGACAAGUAUUGGAUCGAUCCGUUUCCGAGACAACAAAAGCGAAGAAAUAAACGUGAAAGCAAAGUUUUUGACAUUUACGACUAAUCAAAGCCGAUCGUGGUUGCCCUCAUUCACCGUCACAGAUACAAUAGUCUAAUCUCAACAUCAUCACCCAUGUAUUUUAGCUUUCCUCUUGCAUUCUCAUAUGAUUAUUUCAUUAUUUUUGAACACAUGCUUUGAGCUUUGUCUAUAUAAUACA